CACUCAUUGCUUCUCAUAAAACUACAAUUCUCUACCAACUCCAUCUCCUCUAAAUUAAAGCAUUUCAUCAAUAUUUGUCUCUCCUUAAGUUAACCAAUAAAAUCUCAGAAUUCAAAAAAAAAUAAAAAAUCUGCACGUGAAAAUGGAUCAAAAAUUGCCUGUAAUAGCAAAGAAGUUCUGGAAGAUAGUCCGUGUGGCUUACUUCAUGCUGAGAAAAGGAUUAUCGUCAAAGAGGAAACUAAUGUUUGAUCUCAACUUAUUAAUGAAGCGUGGCAAAAUUGCUGGCAAAGCCGCCUUUCAAAACCUCAUGUUCCAGGGACAUAAUAAUAUUAAUGAGGGGGGCCAUCAAUGCACUUCCAAUGAGUAUUACGAGUUCAGUUGCAGUAACAGCCCUGCUUUCCACCUCCCUUUCCUUAACAAGCGCAUUAAUAAUAAGCAUAAUCAGUCUGAACAUGACGACGUUUCAAUUAUGAACGCUGCCGUUUUGAAGGCAUUGGAGAUGCUUCAGGGAGAAACAGCAUCACCUGCUUUGCCUGGAUUUGGGAGGACUCCUACGGUGAGGCAAUUAAGGAUCACUGACUCGCCUUUUCCUCUAACAUCAGACGGUGACAUCAUUAGCCACGUAGAUGAGAAAGCUGAUGAAUUCAUUUCGAGAUUCUACAGAGAUUUGAGAAGAGAAGCUUCUGCCUUUGCUUAAAUUUUUGUGUUGGUGGGGUAUUCGGGAAAUUUUUAGAAAAAAAUAAUAAUGUUAAAGAGUUUAUGAAUGUGAUGAUAUAUAACCCCUAGAUAAUACUCAUUUGUUUCAUCCUAUAAUACAUUCAAGGCUAAUUAAGACCUGGAAUUUUGCAUCAACAAGUUCCCUAAUUCUCUCUUAAUUUCAUUAUUUGUUACCUUUUUUCUUUUCUAGAAAAUUAGAAAAGCAAAAAUUUAGUAUACAAGUUAAAGUAAACAUGAAGUAGAAUGGUGAAAUAAGAAUCAUUCUUUCCUUUUAUCCCAAGAGACUAUGUAAUCUUAAUAGGAAUAUGAGUAGUUUAAGUUUGUGCACCGUCGAUAUGUAUAAUUUUUUACACCAUCAGAUAUUAUUGAUCUUCUAUAGUAGGUUAUUAUCUUUUUACGUAAUUAGUUUUUUUCCUUCUCUAAAAUACAAGCUUUGCUUCCUUUUUUCCCCUUUCGUAAUCUCUCUCUCUCUCACCCCUACAAAAUAUCCAUAUUUCUACUUCUCUCAAUUACGAAGAUUUAAUCAUCCAUGUAUUUUCCCUUGCCUUCAUAUGCCUCAUGUUUAUAGUAUUCACCUAAAAUUUUGAUGUGCUCUGAUUGUUACAUGAUAAUUUUUCAAUAAUGAUCCAAUAGAAUUAUAAGGCUUA